GCUCCGUGUACAAACAUUUUGGCGCCCAACGUGGGGCAUGUGUGUUAUGUUAAUUCUUCUGUGAACAAUUAAACUAAUCGCAAUCUACAAAGGCAACAAUUACAACAAUCGCUCGUCUCGCAGCUGCAAUCGAAAGUUCCGAAAACCGUAUCAGAAUUGUUCGUCUAGAUCGCGGGAUCGUUGUCCUCGCCUUGCUCUCGCCGUUCUCGCUUAAUUUUAUCAUUCGCUUGUCACCCACAACGCAUUCAACGGCGCUUGCAUUCUCGGUUCGUUCGCUUUGCAGCUACCUGCUUUGGUCCAUCGAUCAACGCAUUCUUUCUAUUGGAAUUCCACCGCUUCACUUUCGUUUUGCUUUCGUUGCCGCUGCUGGAACUUUUGCUUUUGCUUUCACCGUUGGUUUUGUGCUCUAGCUGCUGCUGCUUGCUGCGUUUUUUUGUUGUUGUUAUUUUUGGAAGCUCUAGUUCUGUGUCAGCGUAAUUACACUACACAACAAAAUGAUGACGCUCGAAGACUUAAAACGCCAACGGAGCAAUAUAAAACGAAAUAUAACUCGGAUCAAAUCUGUGGUAGAUGCUAAAUCGGAAACCCCGAUAUGCAAUGAUGAGCUUCGCUAUCGGUUGAACAUCUUAGAAACGUAUUUCAAGAAUGUUUUAAAUGUCCAAGCUAAUAUUGAAGACCUUAGUCCGAAUGAUGAAGGAUACAUACAUAGCAAUCAAGCUAGCCAUAAGGGAAAAAAUGGGAGGAGAUCUGAACGCCAGCAUUGUUGCGCCGGACUACCACCCACCGCCAGUGAAGUCAUCGUUACCAAGGUUGUCGCUACCCACUUUCGACGGAACAUAUGCAAACUAUAAGAAUUUUAUUCACUCGUUCGAGCAAAUUGUUGUUCGUGAGUCUGGAUUGUCUAAUAUAGAAAAGUUUAAUUAUUUGCUGACCUGCCUCACGGGGCCGGCAUUAGAUACAAUUCAGGCAUUCCAGGUUACAAGCGAAAACUAUCCGAAGGCCCUAGCAAAACUCAAAGGCCGUUUUGAUAAUCCUACUCUUAUAUUUUUAGAAGGUAUUGAGGCAUUGUUUGCACUACAACCUGUGGAAAGGUCAAACAGUCAGCAGCUUCACAGCCUAGUGGAUAAGGCAUCCGCUAUAUUAAGCUCGCUGGAGUCCAUCGGCAAACCUGAGAAUAUUGUUCACGCUAUGGUUAUAUAUAUUAUAAUGGAAAAGUGUGAUCAGCAAACUCGGAACAAGUGGAAGGAAUCGCAGGACUACAAAACUCUGCCAACCUGGCUAGCAUGCACACAGCUUUUGGAACGCCACUGUCAGUUUCUCCAUUCGUCUGGAAACUCGGCUGCUACUUCGUCACAACGAAAGGCUGAAUCCAAUAAGUCAAAUCGUCAUUCUAAUCACCAAAUAAACUCGUCGUUUGCUAUCACUAAUCCGUCUUGUACACUUUGUUCUAGUUCUGGCCAUAAGAUCUCUAAUUGCGCUCAGUUCAAGGCUAUGAACAGCAACCAACGGUACGACAAUGCAAAACGCCUCGGUCUCUGCAUCAAUUGUCUUGGAAAUGGUCAUAGAGUGGCGCAAUGUUCAUCGACUCAUCGUUGCCGAUCCUGUAAUCGGAAUCAUCAUUCAUCUUUGCAUCACUCUCAGCCGCAACAGCCACCCCAAUCAUCAGCAGGACAAUCUUCAACUACUGAACCGGUACUCCAACCAGCGCAACCCUCCUGGCAAACAGCUCAUCAAGCUGCUUCACAUUCUCAUAUGGAGAUCGCAGCAGAUGAUCAAAUUUUGUUGGCAACAGCUAUGGUUUUGGUAGAGGAUGCCACAGGUGAAUACAAACUCGGUAGAGCGUUGCUUGAUUCAUGCUCUCAGGUUAAUUUUGUAACCAAAACCUUUGCACAAAAGCUUCGCCUUCGUCGUGAAAAACACCACAUUGGAAUUCGCAGUAUAGGAGACUCCCUUACUAGUUUGAAGGCUCGUACGACUACCUCUAUUAAGUCACGUACUUCCGGCUAUCAGCUCACUCUCCAGCUUGGAAUCACAUCCCAUAUUGCCUACCAGCCAGAUAGUGAGAUCGACAUAUCGAAUUGGAACCUACCAGCUAACACUCCAUUGGCUGACGAAUCGUUCUAUAGGACUAAACGUAUUGAUUUGUUACUGGGGACCGAAGCCUUCUAUGGAGCUUUAGCUGUUGGCCAGAUUCGCAUUGGUCCAAAUCUUCCCACUUUGCAGAAGACUCUUUUUGGUUGGGUUGUUGCUGGGAGGUACCAGCGGCAAUAUAACAGACAGCCACCAUUGUGCUUGGCGACUGUAGAAGAGUCGAUCGACAAGAAUUUGCAGCAAUUAUGGAAAGUGGACUCAUUUGUCGAUCCAAGCGCUAGAAUGCUCCCAAAUCAUCGUCGCUGUGAGGACCAUUUCAGGGACACAACACAUCAGGAUGCCAGUGGGCGGAUUGUCGUUCGCUUGCCAUUUCAAGAAGAUCCAAGUUGUCUUGGAAGUUCCUUCGAUACAGCUCGAACUCGAUUUUUUGCCAUUGAGAGACGUCUCGCUCGUCUACCGGAAAUUCGCUUGCAGUAUAUCUCGUUCAUGCAGGAAUAUGAAAGUCUCGGCCAUAUGUCCCUCGUACUGAAUCCUAACUUGGAAGAACCGCAUUAUUAUAUACCCCACCAUUUCGUUCUGAAACCAAGCAGUACAUCGACGAAGCUCAGAGUUGUCUUUGACGCCUCUUGCCGUACAACAUCUCAAAGGUCACUUAACGAUCUACUUUUAGUCGGCCCUACCAUUCAGGAUGAGUUGUACUUGCAAUUGCUGUGGUUCCGCAUGCAUAGGUUCGGCAUCACAGCCGACGUCACAAAAAUGUACAGGCAGGUACUUGUGAGUGAGAAGGAUAGAAAAUUCCAGUACAUUUUGUGGCGAGCAUCUCCAAAUACGGAUCUUCAAACCUACCAACUCAAUACAGUGACAUAUGGGACUGCGUCUGCCCCAUUUCUCGCAACUCGUAGUUUGCAUUACUUGGCUGAGGAUUGUAAGGAUGCAUGGCCAUUAGGGGCUGCUGCUGUUAAAACUGCAUUUUAUGUUGAUGACCUUUUGUGUGGGGCUGGUGAUAUAGAUACACUCUUCAAACUAAAAACUGAAAUCACAUCAACUCUCGCUCGUGGUCAGUUUCCAUUAUGCAAGUGGCAUUCAAAUCAUCCAGGCGUGAUGGAAGACGAAUCUACCAAGGAAUUAAACAUUUCAGAAAACUCAGUCAGCAGCACACUCGGCUUAACUUGGCAUCAACGAAGAGAUGCAUUUAGUUUCACAUUUAAUCCAAAGGAAGUCUAUCCCACUACCACAAAACGAACAAUUUUGUCUACUGCGUCGUCGCUAUUCGAUCCAAUCGGUCUGCUAUCACCGUUAGUCAUUGUCUCUAAGAUCAUUCUUCAGGAGUUGUGGCUUUUGAAACUCGACUGGGACGAGUCUGUCCCCCAGAAUUUAAGCCACGCAUGGAGCAAGUGUUUGGAAUCGCUGAAUUCACUGUCGUCACUAGCGGUACCUCGUUUUUGUUUGCAGCCUGAUACUAGGAGCAUUCAAAUACAUGGAUUUUGCGACGCAUCGAUUCGGGCAUACGGCUGCUGUGUUUAUGUGCGCACGGAGAAUUCGCUUGGACAGGUCACAGUGAAAUUGUUCACUUCUAAGUCUAGAGUAGCACCAGUGAAGAAACAGUCUCUUCCGAAGCUUGAACUAUGCGGCGCACAUCUACUUUCUCAGUUGUAUAACAAAGUCAAGGCCAUAUUCAGUAAACACACUAUCACAUCUUAUUUUUGGAGCGACUCACAGCUCGUAUUGCAUUGGUUGCAACAACAGUCAGUCACCUUAUCGACCUUUGUUGGAAAUCGAGUGUCCGAUAUUCAGGAUUUAACGUCUGAUGGAAAAUGGCGCUAUGUGCCAACACAUCAAAACCCUGCUGAUAUUCUGUUGCGAGGCUGUAACGUGAGCGAGUUGAUUAAGUCUCCAUGGUUUUCGGGUCCUACGUUUCUAGUCGAAGAUUCACUAAGCUGGCCCGCCACUGGUGGAAAACUUGAUAUUGACAUGGACGUGGUUAACUCGGAGAAUCGGAAAAGUUUGUUUGCUGCCGUACACGAGACAAAUAAUAUCCUCAACAUCGUCGAUAAUAUCAGCUCGUACACUCACAGUCUGCGUCUCAUUGCUUGGAUGAUUAGGCUCAUAAGGAGAUGUCGGAAGCAAUCGACGUUUACCACAACCUCACCGACGCCAGAUGAACUUCGUUUUGCUUCACAUUGCCUUAUUUGGAACAUUCAACAAACUCAUUUUGUAGAGGACAUCCGUUUACUUCAGAAGCAAAAACCAUUAAAAAGCAGCUUAAAGUUUCUUACUCCCUUUUUAGAAGUCGUGAACGGAUUCGAACUUAUCAAGGUUGGUGGACGUUUGGAAUACUCAGACCUACAAGACGGUCAAAAACAUCCGUUGCUGCUGCCUAGUCAGUCCAAAUUUGUAUGGAACUAUAUUCGCCAUUUGCAUCUUCGGAACUAUCACGCUGGACCUAAAGCCCUAGUCGCUCUCAUUCGUUUGGAGUAUUGGAUCGUUAACGCCAGAGACUUGGCACGUAGAAUUGUUCGCUCCUGUGUACACUGCGUUCGCUACAGACCGAAGCUGCUACAACAACUCAUGGGCUCAUUACCGCCUACGCGACUCGCUCCGGCUCGACCCUUUGAACGCUGUGGAGUUGACUUUUGUGGACCCAUCAACACAUAUCUACGCAUUCGAGGAAAGGGACCUACAAAAGCAUACAUAGCCGUGUUCGUUUGCCUUCUCACCAAGGCCGUUCACAUCGAAGUAGUCUCUGAUUUGUCAACAAAGGCGUUCUUAAACGCAUUGAAACGGAUGGGAGGUCGUCGCAAGCUGCCGACAGACAUCUUCUGCGAUAAUGCCACUAACUUUGGCACCUCAUUUCGGAGGCCUUUGGGAAGCGGCAGUCAAGAGUGCAAAGGGGCUGUUAAAUCGUACGCUGGCCAACACCAGGUUCACCUUCGAAGAGUUGAGCACUGUCGUCGUCGAGAUAGAAUCGAUCCUCAACUCGCGCCCGCUAUCGCCGCUUUCGUCAGACCCAAAUGACUAUAGCACUCUCACGGCUGGUCAUCUCUUGGUUGGCGAAUCAUUGCGAUCACUACCUGAAAGGUCCCUCGAGAAUAUCAAGCUGUCAAGUAUGGACCGCUACGAUGCGAUUACGGCCGUCAAGCAACGGUUUUGGAAGCAAUGGUCUGCUGACUAUGUCAACGAAUUGCGAUCGCGCACGAAGUGGACAGCACCCUCAACGAACCUCACCGAGGGCACGUUGGUCAUCAUCCAUGAGGACAACCUGCCACCGCUACGCUGGAAACUAGGCCGAGUGCAGUCUACUGUGCUUGGGAAGGAUGGACUUGUACGGGUGGUGCACCUCCGCACUGCAAAUGGAACAUGUUGCAGGCCAAUACACAAGUUGGCAAUUCUUCCGGUGGUUUGAAAGCAGUCCUUUCAACGGGGCCGGGAUGUUCGGUCAAACUCCUUUAAGGAACAAGUAUUCAAAUGACCCUCGUAAAAUAGAGAGCC